UUGAUACGACGUCGUUUGGUCAACAUGACCAAUAGAAGUACCCUAGCCGUACUUUUUGCUUUGUGUACUUUUGGAGCCCCAAGGGUUUUAGCCGCAUCCAAAAAUAUCCCAAAAUGGAAAAAACAGAAAAUACUCUUAAAAAGAUGUCGUUUAGGUUGGACUGGUGAUCUYUGCAAGGAAUGUCAACCAUUACCAGGAUGUAUGCACGGGACAUGUUCUAAACCAUUAGAAUGCAAAUGUGAAAAAGGAUGGCAAGGAAUUUUAUGUCAGAUACCCGUAUGCUCUGAAGGCUGUCAUCGAGACCGAGGAUAUUGUCGUAAGCCAAAUGAAUGCAGGUGCAAGGUUGGCUGGUGGGGUAAGAACUGUACCCAAUGUUUCGCAUACCCAGGCUGUGUUCAUGGUACAUGUAACCGUCCAUGGGAAUGUAAUUGUAAGCCUGGCUGGGGUGGUAUGCUCUGCGACCAAGAACUGAAAUACUGCGAAACUAAUAAUGUCACAUGCCAAAACGGAGCCACGUGUGUAAGUCUCCCAGAAGAAGAUGGAAAUUAUAGAUGUCUUUGUGCUGAWGGAUACAUUGGACGAAAUUGUGAAGUAGAUAAAAAAAAGGUUGAAAUCGUCGGGUUAGUACCUCCUAAGCCUAGCCUAAUGCUAUUUAAGUCAACAACAACUACACCUUCAACGGUGUCGGAAGAUUUAUUAUUAGAAGGCGAUGAUGAAUAUGAAGAAGAAACUACAAAACCUAAUUCCUCCAUAAUUUCAUUGGUAAACGAAAAUGAAACUUUAAAUGAAACAAUUUAAUAUUGUAAAUAUUCGUUAAAGCAUUAUGUCAAAUAAUUAUUUAUUUAUCUUAAAAUUAGUUUUAUAUAGUCGUUUUAAUUUAUUUAUUUAUUCAAUGAUUUUGUACUGAUACAACACYAUUUUAAGUUAAGCAAUAUAAUAUUUUCAUUUGAAAGUAUA